GGUAGUUUGGUACUCUUGACAACACGCUAAAGGCGUUGAUACGUGGUUUUUUUACAACAAUUAUUAUUAAUUAACAUAUGUAAUAAAAAUUAAUAAUAAUUAAUAAUUUAUAAAGUUAAAUAAUUAUUGAUAAAUAAUGUCGUCAAGAGCCGGUACAAUGCGUUCAAUUCCGGAGCAUAAUACAAGAAUUGAAUAUGUACAAUGUGAUGGAUUAACAGCAAUGAAAAUUAUCAAGCAUUGUCAUGAAGAAUCUGCUGGUAAUAUGGAAGUUGCACAAGGUGCAUUACUUGGUUUGGUUGUACAAAAUCGUUUGGAAAUAACAAAUUGUUUUCCAUUUCCAAAAAAUGAUGAAGUACAUGAAGAAGAAGAAUAUCAACUUGCUGUUAUGCGUCGUCUUCGAAGAGUAAACGUUGAUCAUUUUCAUGUUGGAUGGUAUCAAAGUGCUGAUGUUGGUAAUUUUUUAAGUGUCUCACUUCUUGAGUCACAAUAUCAUUAUCAAACAUCAAUUGAAGAAUCAGUUGUUGUUAUUUAUGAUACAGCAAAAUCAGGACGUGGUUUUUUGACAAUAAAAGCAUAUCGUUUAACACCACAAGCUAUACAAAUGUAUAAAGAUGGUGAAUUUACACCAGAUGCAUUACGUUCAUUGAAAAUUGGAUAUGAAACAUUAUUUGUUGAAAUUCCAGUUGUUAUUAAAAAUAGUAAUUUAACAAAUAUUAUGAUGUCAGAAGUUGAAGAAAUGAUACCAGAAGAAGCUGGAUCAAAAUAUUUAGAUCUUGGUACAGCAUCUGUUCUUGAGGGACAAUUACGUUGUAUGAUGGAUCGUGUUGAUGAAUUAAAUCAAGAAGCAAUUAAAUUUAAUAGACAUCAACAUCUUGUUAUUCGUCAACAACAAGAUAAAAAUAGAUUAUUACAAAAACGUGCACAAGAAAAUGCAGCAAGAGCUGCUAAAGAUGAAGCACCAUUACCAGAUGAUGAUAUCAAUAAACUCAUGAGACCAUUACCAGUUCCACCAAGGUUAAAUCCAAUGAUUAUUGCUGGACAAAUUAAUACUUAUAGUCAGCAUAUAUCACAAUUUUGUGCUCAAAGUUUGGCCAAACUUUAUAUCACUCAGAGUCUUCAGAGUGCCAAGGAAUCAAAAUCAUCAAAUUAAUCAUUUUAUAAAUAUAUUACAAUCAUAAACAAUUUUAUUAUGUAUCCAUUUGUCAAUAUUUGAUUCCAAUUUAUAUACAAUCGUUGUUUAAACAGCAACAAUGACAACAAUGACAACAGUAAUAAUAAACUUUAAUAAAAUCAUCAAAAC